CUCGAUUUCGACACCCGAUCGAAUUUGGGUGGCGCGACGAUGGCGUUUCGAGGUCGUGGACGGGGACGCGGCGGAGGCGGCGGCGGCUUCGGCUCUCGUGGCAUCAGCGUGGCGGACAUCGUUGGCAGCACCAUGGACGAACUCGGCAUGUCACAUACCCAAUUGGUCAACCUCACGGGCGAAGGAAACGCAUUGUUUCCCCCUGUGAAACUUCCUGCGCCUGUGAAGCUGUCCGACUCGGACAUGUACCUCGUGCACAAGAUGCGCGUCGUGUCGGAUCGCAUGACACACUUGUACCCCGUGUCGAAUGCAGCCGACGCGGAGCAGGAAGUUAUCCAUGUCACGGCCCCAGAGGUGAACUUGGAAGAUCCAAAUAUGUGCUACGUCCCAAAGGAAAUCUACGAGAACAUUCGACACGACGGAGCUGUCGUUGGCGGUGCGACUUCGGCAAUUCUCCGGCCGCGCGCAUUCGAACAUACCCUCAAGUCGUUGGAACAACGCGAACAAAAGUCAAAAGGCCCUGAAGAUGCCACCGCUGCUGCAGCUUUCGACGACCUCGACAUGGAUGAAGACGACUUGGAAGAUGACGAGGACGUGGACUACGGCGUCGAUCAUUAUGCGAGUGAGAAUGACGACGACGAUUUCGACGAAGAAGCUUUUUAACAUUAAUCGUGUAUGCACAUGUGGGCGCGGGGGGAGUAUCUGUGCGGUGGUGCUGUUCUCUGCGAUGCUCCUGAUCGUACUAUACCACGCGCUCCCCAGGCAAAAGCCCGCCGCCACCCUUGUUCGGGUCGUCGUCUUCAUCGUCCUCCGAAUCCUUGGGGUCCUUCUCCAGCGCGCCAUUCCCAUUGAUGUGGUCGUACAUGACCGCUGGCGCCAAAUUCAUCAGCUUGGGGCGGGAGAUGACAUCGCCUGGACGAGGUCGUGUGCGCGGCCGGCCGCGUGGUUUGCCUGAUGUACUUCGAGACUUCUUCUUGAGGUCAUCAACCAAGACUACAGAACCACGAACGUGAUCACGGCCCAUGAACCAACCCGACAAAAUGCACUAGACCAUACCCUCCUUGGAAGAUGCGCCAGCGCUGCUGUGAUCCUCAACGGAUCCCGCCUUGACGACGGAUGUCGUGGCUCCAUCGAGUUCUUUGCUGUUUUUUACUUGAGGUGCAACCAUGAUUGGGUUGACGGGGAACUUGAAUCCAAGCGGCAUCAAGGGCAUACCGAAUGGCCACAUGGGCAUGGACAGUGGUUGAUCGGCAGAGUUGAUCGAUUGCGUCGACUGCUGGGCAAGGGCCUUCUUGGACGGUCGGCCACGUUUCUUCUUCUUCGGGACUUCGUCAACGAGACCGACUCCACCUCCUUGCGGGAAUGGCAUCAUCAUGGGCAUCAUCAUCGUCAUGGGAAACAUCAUGGCGGUCAUGGGUAUCACAGGCGCACUAGCUCCAGUCGCAUCUUUCUUUGGGAAUUCCUUUUUGUCUCCAGACGACACUUCGUCGAUCUUGUCGAUGGUUUUCUUGUCAUGGUCGUCCAGGGGCUGGGCCGCGGACGGCGACUCUGAGUUUUCUCCUUCGUCGUCAUGGUUGUCGUCGGCCCCGCUUCCGUCGCCAUCCUCUGGCUUGGGCAGCUUGCGCUUCUUCCGCAACACGAGGUCUUCCGCCUGUUGCUUCAUGUGGCUUUGGAAUUU